GACGACGUCGACGACGGGGGGGGUGGUGGUGGUGGUGGGCACAUCGAUCACCGCUCUCUCUCUCUCGGAGCGAGAAAGAUGCGGGGCAGUCCUGCCUUCUUCGCCAUACUGCUGGGCACGAUAUUCGGCGUCCUCGGCGCGUCGCUGAGCAAGGCGCUCCGCUACAAGGCGCCAGACGAGUGCAAGUGGGUGACGACCGGCGACGCCGAGGACGACGUCUCGCUCGUGUGCCGUCUGCGGACUAUCAACAGCGAGCUGGAGAACACGAAUUUCAGCGUGAUACAGCCGCAGCACACGGUGCGGCUGCGGCUGGAAUGCAGCGACGGUCUCUUCUACCAGAGCUCCCUGAGCGCCGGCAGCUUCCGGCCGUUGGUCGAGCUGCGCGAGCUCGUAAUCGAGUAUUGCAAGAUCGGCAAUUUGUCGGACGACGCGUUCAAGGGCCUGCGGGAGCUGCGUAAUCUAACCGUGAGGACGCACAACACCGACUGGUCGGCGAUGGCGCUCGAGGUCUCCGCGGGCGCCUUCACCGACGAACUGCGCCAGCUGGAGAAGCUCGACCUCGGGGAGAACAACAUGUGGAGCAUACCGGAGGGCGCGCUCUGUCCUUUGGUAAAUCUCGAGGUGCUGAAUCUGACGCGGAACCGGCUGCGCGACAUCGCGAGCUUCCGCUUCCACGCGGCCAAGUGCCUGACGAGUCUGCGCGAACUGGAUCUGAGCAACAACAGCAUCGAGUCGCUGCCGAGCGCGGCGUUCUCCGGGCUGACGCGGCUGCACAGCCUAGAUUUGCGCUGCAACGCCAUCGGCUUCAUGGCGGACCGCGCGUUCGAGGGCCUCUCCUCGCUGGCGGUCCUGCGGCUCGCCGACAACCGGCUGGCCAGCCUGCCGCCGGAGCUGUUCGCCGACGCGAGGGACAUACAGGAGAUACAUCUGCGAAACAACACGCUGGGCGUGCUGCCGCCCGGGCUGUUCGCCGAGCUGACGCAGCUAUUGGUCCUGGACCUGUCGCACAACGAGCUGACGGCGGAGUGGGUGAACGCCGCCACGUUCGGCGGUUUGGUGCGGCUGGUGGUGCUGGACCUCUCGAGCAAUCGGAUCGCCCGGCUCGAUCCGACGGUCUUCCGCGACCUCUACAGCCUGCAGAUACUGCGACUGCAGGAGAACAUGCUGGAGAGCCUGCCGGAGAACACGUUCUCGGCGCUGUACAACCUGCACACGCUGCUGCUCAGCGACAACCAGUUGACCGUGGUGGACGCCACCACGCUGAGCGGCCUCUACGUGCUGAGCCUGCUCUCGCUGGACAACAACCGGCUGCACACGAUACACCCGAGCUCGUUGAGGAACGCCUCGUCCCUGCAGGACCUCCAUCUCAACGGUAAUCGGCUAACGUCGGUGCCGGACGCCCUGAAGGCCACUCCCCUGCUGCGCACCCUCGACCUCGGCGAGAACCUCAUCUCCGAGAUACCGAGCGGCACCUUCGACCACGUGGCGCAGCUUUACGGGCUGCGACUGACCGAGAACCACAUCGGCAAUCUCACCAAGGGCGUGUUCGAUCGCAUAAAGGAACUGAAGAUCCUCAACCUCUCGCGCAACCGCAUACAGUACAUCGAGAGCGGAACCUUCGACGAGAACCUGAAUCUGCAGGCGAUCCGUCUGGACGGCAAUCAGCUGGCCGACAUCGCCGGGCUGUUCACCCACCUGCCGAAUCUCGUCUGGCUGAACGUGAGCGACAAUCGGCUCAAGUGGUUCGACUACGCGAUGAUACCGACCGGGCUGCAGUGGUUGGACAUACACUCGAACGAGAUCCGGGAGCUCGGCAAUUACUACGAGAUCGAGACGCAGCUGCAGCUGAGCACCUUCGACGCCAGCGAGAACCGGCUGACCGAGAUCACCGGGAACGCGAUACCGAUGAGCGUGGAACUGCUCUUCCUGAACGACAACCUCAUCUCCAAGGUGCAGAGCUACUCGUUCUUCAAGAAGCCGAACCUGACGCGCGUCGACCUGAAGGGCAACCAGAUACGCAACCUCGAGCCGUACGCGCUGCGCAUAAGCGCGGUGCCGGCGGACCGGCCGUUGCCGGAGUUCUACAUCGGCGACAACCAGUACCUCUGCGACUGCACGAUGGAGUGGCUGCAGCGCGUCAACCGGCAGAACCAGACGCGCGUGCAGCCCCGCGUAAUGGACCUCGAGAGCAUCUACUGCAAGCUGCUCUACGACCGGGAGCACGCGUUCGUGCCGCUGGUCGAGGCGUCCCACUCGCAGUUCCUCUGCAAGUACGACGCCCACUGCUUCGCCCUCUGCCACUGCUGCGACUUCGACGCGUGCGACUGCGAGAUGACCUGUCCGCAGAACUGCACCUGCUACCACGACCAGUCCUGGUCGGCGAACGUGGUCGACUGCUCGAACGGCGGGCACAGCGCUCGGCUGCCGGAGCGGAUACCGAUGGACGCGACGCGCCUCUACCUCGACGGCAACGACCUGCGCCUCGUCUCCAGCCACGCGUUCAUCGGCCGCAAGAAGCUGAAGGUGCUCUUCCUCAACGCUUCCAACAUCGAGAUCGUGCAGAACCGCUCGUUCAACGGGCUGCGCGACCUCGAGGACCUGCACCUGCAGGACAACCGGAUACGCGAGCUGCGCGGCCACGAGUUCGAGGGCCUGGACGCGCUGCGGCAGCUGCACCUGCAGCGCAACCGCAUCGCCGCCAUCGGCAACGAGACGUUCGCGCCGCUGCGCUCGCUGCGCCUGCUGCGCCUGCAGAACAACCGGCUGACCAGCCUCCUGGCGGUCUGGUCGCUGCCGGCCGCCGCCCUCGAGCUCAGCCUGGCCGGCAACCCGUGGUCCUGCGAGUGCGACUAUCUCAGGAGUUACCGCGAGUGGGCGCGCCAGCCGGGCGUCAACGUCGCCGACGCGUCCGCGCUGCGCUGCGUCUACAACCUCACCGAGUUCGAGGCGUUCGGCGACGAGGUGUUCGCCGACGACGAGUUCGGCUUCGCGAUGACGCGCAACCACAGCGCGGUGAGCGUGUGCGCGACCACCAGCGUCGACAACGAGGCGGCGCAGCGCAACUACACCAAGACCAUCAUCGAGAAGCAGCUGCUGCAGGACUACCUGCCGCUCCUCGUCGCCACCCUCGCCGGCUCCCUCCUCCUCAUGUUGCUCUGCAUGCUCGCUUUCGUCUUCCGUCACGAGCUGCGCGUCUGGUUCCACUCGCGCUUCGGCGUGCGGAUAUUCUACCGGAGCCACCGCGAGCUCGACCGCGACGACCGCGACAAGCUGUUCGACGCGUUCGUCAGCUACAGCUCGAAGGACGAGGCCUUCGUCGCGGAGGAGCUCGCGCCGGUCCUCGAGAUGGGCAAUCCCUCCUACAAACUGUGCCUGCAUUACCGGGACUUCCCGGUCGGCAGCUUCAUCGCUGACACGAUCGUCCAGGCGGUCGAAUCGUCCCGCCGCACCAUCAUGGUGCUGUCCGAGAACUUCAUCAAGUCUGAGUGGUGCCGCUUCGACUUCAAGUCGGCCCAUCAUCAAGUGCUCAGGGACAGGAGACGCCGGCUGAUACUCGUGCUCGUAGGCGACGUGCAUCAGCGCGACCUCGAUCCGGACAUACGGCUGUACCUCAAGACCAACACAUACCUGCAGUGGGGCGACAAGCUCUUUUGGGAGAAGCUGCGCUUCGCGCUGCCCGACGUGCCGAACAAUCAGCGGACGACGCAGAGGAGCGCGAGGCAGCAGCCGCCGCCGGUCCGACGGCAGCACAACAAUCGAACCUCCUCGCGCACCGUGUCCGUUCACAUAUGAUAUCGUCAAGUUCGCCUAAACGCGUUACUCCUGUCACCGACGAUGCAUAUAUACAGUGUGUACAUAAACGACAAAUUUGUCUGUACAAAUGCGCGCCUAUCGUGCCACGUGGAGUGAGAGCAGGUGUACAUAAGGUGACGCGGAGAUGUUCGAAAAGCUGGCGCGAUUCUCGGAGAACCUGUGUAAAUUAUAUAGUCGCACCGGAGCGCACUCGACGAGGGGGUGGAUAGUUGAAGCUCGUUGUAAAUAGAACAUGUCGCACGCGUUGGUCGCUCGAGUUACAGCGAUGGUACCAGCGCGCCAUUCGGCUCGUGGGGAAUCACAGCCAGGUGACGGUAGUGUUGCACGCGUGUCAACGUGGAUAUAUGUGUGUGUGUGUGUGUGUGUGUGUUUGUGUGUGCCUGCACGCCAUGGAUCGUAGAAAGAGAGCAAGAUGGGGUGAGAAAAUGACAGAGAGAGAGAGAGAGAGAUGCGCUUGCAGCCGGACGACCAGCCCACAGUGGUCUAACGUAGAUAUUUCUUGGCCAAAACUCAUCUUUAGUUUCAUCUUAAGUUCAUAUAAAUGUAAUUUUACAAUGUCCCGUAGUCAAAUUAUCAGAAGUUGUUAUCGUUUAUUGUUCUUUUAUCAUUCAUUGGUAAAUGUGAGGCUAGCAAUAUUGCUCGUUCAAAAGUUUAGUCACAUCUGUCAUGUUACCAGAAUUGUGCUAGAUAUAUUAGUUUCAAUAAUAAUUAUAGUAUUAUAUAUACAUGAAUGUAUGUAUGAAUGAAAACAUGCCUCGAAGCAAGUAAUUUCAUUGUUUUCUUUUUUUGUUUCUGAUGUGAGGUAAUACCUAAUAGAUUUGUAGUUGACGUAAGCGUAAUUUUACAAUAAAAAAAUAUCUCCUCGCCAAUAUUUCAGGAAAAAUAUUGAAUUUCUAAAAAUUUUUGAAAAUAACUAAUCUUUUUUACAUUCGUAUAGCGUGUCCUAUUGGACUUUGCAUAAGGUUUGGAGAGAAUCAGAAAAUAAUAAAUAAUAAAAUCCUUUAUAUUCAAGAAUAUCGUAAUAAAAGAAACAAUGUACCGUUUAAAAGACCAUUACCAUUAGUACCAUUACCAUUAGUACGAAAAUCGAGUUAUUUUGUAUUUAUCUAAAAAGAAAAUGGGACAAAUGUUGAGUCGCUUACAAAUAAUUAUUUUUCAAUACC